AUGACGUCUCGAAAAACGCAACAAGAGAUUGACAAGACCUUCAAGAAGGUCGCCGAGGGGAUCCAGACUUUCGAAAGCAUCUACGAGAAAGUCAAGGCAGCGACGAAUCCUACGCAACGCGACAAGCUCGAAGAGAAUCUGAAGCGCGAGAUCAAGAAGCUGCAAAGGUUCCGUGAUCAGAUCAAGUCAUGGGCCGCCGGAAAUGAAGUCAAAGACAAGGGUCCGCUCCUUGAGCAGCGGAAAAACAUCGAAACUUGCAUGGAACAGUUCAAGGCCGUGGAGAAGGAGAUGAAGACAAAAGCAUACUCCAAAGAGGGUCUCUCGGCUGCGUCACGGCUUGAUCCCAAGGAAAAAGAGAAGGCUGAAGCAUGCGAGUUCCUCACUUCCAUGGUCGACGAGUUGCAAUUACGAAUUGAAGCAAUGGAGGCCGAGGAGGAGACAUUACAGGCGCAGAUGAAGAAGGGCAAGAAGGAUGCCAACAAGGUCAAUCGAAUGGCCGAUAUUUCCCGGAUCACGGAACGCCAUAAGUGGCACGUCAACAAGCUCGAAUUUCUCAAUCGGUCGUUAUUAAAUGGCAACUUGGAAGCGAGUCAAGUCCAGGACCUCAAGGAAAGCAUAAAGUAUUAUGUUGACGAGGGGCAUAAUCCCGACUACUCGGGAGAGGACGAAACGCUUUACGACGAUUUGGACAUUGGGGAAGAUGUCGAAGCUCAGUUCGGCAUGGGUGCAGACAACGAUCGUGGUUCGUCCCAUGACGCCCAGUCAGUUCCAGAUGAUGAGCCGGAAAUGAAGUCGAAGUCCACAAAGGUCGAUGCAACUUCACAUCGACGGCCCUCGACGCAAAUGAAGUCGCCACUUCCAGUCCUUGCAACUCUACAUUCAUCCACUUCGUCUAGUGCCACUCCGGGCAUGAAACCCGCUCCAUUGCCAACUCGACUACCGGGAGAGACACUCAAGUACGCUUCGGCUGCCGCGGCGGCAGCUGCCAGCGACAAAAGUGGAGUGGGCAUUCUGCCCUUGCCUCCACCACCAGGUGCCAGCCCGGCCUUUUCGCAUGUCCUACCUGUCUCAAAAUCGUCUUCGGUUGCAUCGCCUGUGGUGUCGUCAGUACAACCAGCGUUUCGACCAGCCACAACAAUCGCCCCAGCGGCCGCUCCGACGAUCUCUGCGACCUCCUCUGAAGAGGCUGUACCCUUGGCUGCGCGAUCGAGGCCCACUCCUACUUCAGCGGUGUCCGGCACCUCAUCGCCUGCGCCUACUUCAACGCCCAAGGUCGACUCUGCAAAAGAAAAGCCUACGACGAAUGGCCGGACAACACCAAAGGAGACAGUCGAUCAGGACGAAUCCAUCUAUCAUCUCCCCCCGGGGCUGCAAGACCUCAUCCAGUCCUUCGAGGCGACCAAGAAACGCGCCACGGCCAACCCCACCCCUGCAGUGCAACGUCUCCUUGCAACUGCGCUCACGACGUGCCCUGAACCUGGUGAUGCAGAGAAGCCCCGUCACUACAAGCCUCAGAACCCUUACAAUACCCCUCUGUAUUAUCCACAAGAGCCUCUUUCCAUUUUCGAUGACCCCCGUCUGUACGAUACAGGUCGGAUCGACACAGAUACACUCUUCUAUCUUUUCUACUACCGCCAGGGCUCAUACCAGCAGUACCUCGCCGCGAAGGCAUUGAAGAACCAAAGUUGGCGCUUCCAUAAGCAAUAUCAAACAUGGUUUCAGCGCCACGAGGAGCCAAAGAACAUCACGGAAGAAUUCGAGCAGGGAACGUACCGCUUCUUUGAUUACGAGAGUACCUGGUCAGUCUCGCAAACCCCCCCCCUACCCGCACUAAAUCGUUGUCACUACCCCAAUCCAGCGCUGACCUUUGUUUGCCCCGCCAGGAUGAAUCGUCGCAAGGCUGAUUUCAAGUUUGUGUACAAAUAUCUCGAGGAUGAAUUAUGA